AUGGUCCACCAGUUGAGGCCAAUGGCAAACAAACUCGCGCCAACAUUAUACGUCGUAGGAGAGAAGGCAAUGCUGAAUUGGAAUGCGAAGAAGGACCAGGAUGUCCAGGUUCUCUGGUCUGGAGGAGACGGGUCAAGGUCCUUGUUCGACCACUUUCCGAAUUGGCCAGUCUCGAACUCAUCCUGGCCACUCUUUCUAAUUCUGAUUGCAUUCACAAAACUCCGAGGGCUCCAAAAAGCUCGUUUUGCGAUGGUCAUCAUCGAAGGAACCGCCAACUGCUGGCCGUUGAAUCGCCCCUCCCUCGUUCCGGCAGCUUUCCGGGAUCGCCAGCUGAAUAUAAAGCGACAAGGGAAGAUAAACAAUGCAAGACCGGCCAAUGGCUUCCCGCUCGACUAUCGAACCCAAGAUUCUGAUAUUGCUGCAUCGGCGAGAUAG